AUGUAUCAAGACCAGGAUGCCGGCUCCUAUGGGCCUGUGAUCAUUUACAACCAGGGACAAAUGGAGAGGGUCAUGCGGCAGAGUCGUGAAUUUGUCCUUCUCUACACGGACAACCAGGAGUGGAAUUCAUUUUUUGCCCUGCACAACGUCCGCAGGUACCUGCCCGGCAUGGCGUCUCAGGUUGCGAACUUGUCGUACCAGUAUCCAGAUGUGACCGGUGGCCGUGGGAAUUUCAGCAUUUGGUAUCCGCAGUUUAUCAAUACGCCAAAGACUAACGUGACGCCUCAAAUGGCGCCAAAUUUUUUCCCUGUAAGUUAUUCCACCAUCCACUUCCCUCUAGGUCUUUUACUUUACUGGCUGAUACAUGUCUUCAUCCGCAACUGA